ACAAAAUAUAAUACACAUGCAUUACAAAAAUUCUUGAUCUUUUUUUUUUGUUCCAAAUGUCAUCGCAGCUGUUGACGUUCUUUCUCCUUCUAUCUGCUGUGGCGAUUCCUGUCGUGACUAGCUACAGACAAUGGUGUAUGCCGUUACCAACUGCGACAGACAAACAGUUACAAGCUAAUAUAGAUUAUGUUUGUGGUGGCCAGAAUGUUGACUGUACACCGAUUCAGCCCGGUGGAAGUUGCUAUGAACCUAAUAAUGUACGAGACCAUGCGUCGUAUGCCAUGAACGCUUACUAUCAUAGUCAUGGUCGUAUCGAAAGUGCUUGCAAGUUCGCCAAAACGGGCUGUUUUGUUUUUGUCGACCCAAGUCACGGUUCAUGUGUCUACUACACUUGAAGAAGUUUUUCUUUUUUAAAAUAUUAUAUGAAAAGUGCUUAACGUACUCAUCGCUUUAUCUUCGUAUUGUUGUAUCCCCAAACUAAAGAUAAAUAAUAUAAUUAAGGUUUCAUAAAAA